GGCAGGGAGUCGGUGUGGUCGUCAGAGUUGAGCAGUGAUCGGUUUCUUGAGAACUGUACGUGUGCUUAAGUGUGAUCCUCGUGUUAUUAAGAUAUCUCCUGCAUUAGCGCUUUAGUAGUGUAAGUGUGUGAAGCGCUACUUUAUCGCUGAGUCGUAGAGCAGAAGUGCAGUAACGUGUGGUGUGAUGGCGUGUUGGUAGAGCGCUGGAGUGUGAUUGGACAGUGCGGUUCUUGCUCAUGGUGCGGUUUUUAUGGGCGGUGCGCAGAUCAGCGGCUGCGCUGCUCGUCAGAAUAAAUAAACCCGCUGCCAGAGCUCAAACUCUUCAUUUACCUGUUCAACAGCACACACAGCUUUACAGUCAGGUCAGACGGCUCAGUUCACCUGUAAGGAUGCCGGAGAUUAGCAUGGAUAAUCUGGAUGAGAAGCAGGUGCAGUUGCUUGCAGAGAUGUGCAUCCUCAUCGACGACAAUGACAGAAAGAUUGGAGCUGACAGCAAGAAAAACUGCCAUCUCAAUGCAAAUAUCGAUAAAGGAUUAUUGCAUCGAGCAUUCAGUGUUUUCCUGUUUAACAGCGAGGAAAAGCUGCUCCUUCAGCAGAGAUCCGAUGCCAAAAUCACUUUUCCAGGCUGUUUUACCAACUCUUGCUGUAGUCACCCCCUCCACACUGCUAGUGAACUGGAGGAGCAGGAUGCCAUUGGGGUCCGACGCGCCGCACAGAGACGCCUGCAAGCUGAGCUCGGCAUUCCCACCGAACAGGUGCCUCCAGAAGAGAUGACCUACUUGACCCGCAUCCACUACAAAGCCCAGUCGGAUGGCAUCUGGGGCGAGCACGAGAUCGACUACAUCCUCUUCAUGCAGAAGGACGUGGAUCUGAAUCCAGACCCCAACGAGAUCCAAAGCCACUGCUACGUGUCCAAAGAGGAGCUGAAAGAGAUCCUGGAGAAAGCCAAGAGGAAAGAGCUGGAGAUCACACCUUGGUUCAGCCUCAUUGCAGAAACCUUCCUCUUCAAGUGGUGGGACAACCUCCAUAACCUCAAACAGUUCAUCAACCAUGAGAGGAUCCACCGCAUGUAAGCCACGUCUGUAAAGGACUUGUUAAUUACUAAUGGACACGUAAACGGUUAGAAAAAUGGACAGUUUGACUCUAAAGCCUUUGUUUGUAAAUGUUUGGACAGGCACGUAGAUUUAUUUAGCAUUAAAGUUCUGAUUAGAACUUUAAUCCACUUUUCAAGCUGCUACAAGGAUACUGAGCAUUUGCUGUCUUUCUGCCAGAAGAUUGAAGGAUGUAUUGCUAACAAACACUGUCCGUUUGUGUGAACUGCCUAGUUUCAUAUGAAACUGUGCUUUUGAAAGAUUGUUUUGUGUAGAUAAAUCUAUCAGGGCUCGUUAUGAGGUUUACAGCUGUGUAAAGUAAUUAUUAGAGAGGUAAAAUAAAAUUUGGUUUCUGUAUA